GAGGGAGGUGAGCUGGGAUGUCGUGGGGUGUGGGGUUUCCCAAACCAGCCUGGGGUCGGUGGGCCUCCUGGGGGUGUACGUGGACCCCAGAGCAGGUGUCUGAGAUGGGCAAGUGCCAGGUGGGGCCUUCUGUGGCCUCUCAAGGAAGAGACAAGGUGUGGGGGGGCAGGAGGAGGAAGGAGAGCCCAGCUGGGCUGUACCAGCCUCCUUCCUGCUGGGAAGUGCCAGCUGGGAUGGGCCGUUUUAUCGCCCCACAUCCCAGGCCCUGCUGGGAGAGCAUGAGGGAAGCCAGCCUGGAUAGGGCAGGGUGUGUGUGUUGAGGGGCGGGGGGAGAACAGAGCAGGCACGAGGGCUCCUCCUGGUGAGAUGAUGGAGGAACGUGUGGCUGAACAGGUCUGAAAUGUGGCAAGAUGCAGGAGCUGGGGGUGUGGAGGAUGGGUGAGGGGCUGGGCAGGGCAUUAGGGGUCAGGGAAAGGCUUCAGGGGCUCCCUGGCCUUGAAAAACCAACUCUCUGACCUUGUUUCCUGGUCAAGGUCAGGCAGAAGGGCUGCGGUGGGGUCCCCAGGGGAUAGCGUGCCCAGCCCCUCUCCCUGCCCCCAGCAUACGUGUCUGACCAGCACUCACCCGUCGCAUUUCUGUAAAUGCUUUUUACUGGGGAGGAGUCCCUGUGCUCAUUUUGCCCUAGUCCCCACCAUUCCUUCCUGCCCCCGCCCACUCCUUUACAAAUCCACCUGGUCACAAGAGACACCAGAAUUUGUGACCUGCCUUAGAGACUCUAGAAGCGUCUUUUCCCCAUCAUUUUCUGAUCCUGAGACCCAAGGGGCUUCCAAGGCAGGUCUGGGAGGGGCAAGCUAUUUCUGUUCUCCCCAGCCAUCCCUCAGCAUCCUGGGGAGGGAACCUGGAUCCGAUUAGCCUCCCUAGGUCUCUGCUUCAGGUGUCCCUCCAGAAUGGAGAUGCUGGACUACCCACCCCUGAAGCGGUAGGUGGGGUUGCAAAAAGUUUAGGUAAGCCCCAGACACACACCACCUACCCAGAAGCUCCUCCCCAGGCUGUCCCCAAAGAACCGAGUCACAGCAACCCUCACGUUCUCCAACUUCCCAGCCCCCUCCCCAGCCUCACAGGUACCUGUGAGCAGCAAGGCAGGUUUGCUGAUGGCAGUCACGGGGGCUGGUCCUGUGGGACCCUGGGCAACCUGUUCCCUUUGGAGCUCCACUUAGCCCAGUGGCAAUGGCCAGUUUGGAGGAGGCUCCAGUAUAUAAAUCAGGCAAAUUCCCCAUCCGAGCAUGAACCUCUGAAAACUGCCGGCAUCUAAGGUCUCCUCCAAGGCCCUCUGGAGUCCAGCCCAUAAUGAAGGUCUUGGCGGCAGGAGUUGUGCCCCUGCUGCUAGUUCUGCACUGGAAACACGGGGCAGGGAGCCCCCUUCCCAUCACCCCUGACAAUGCCACCUGUGCCACACGCCACCCAUGUCACAGCAACCUCAUGGACCAGAUCAGGAACCAACUGGUGCAGCUCAACAGCAGUGCCAAUGCUCUCUUCAUUCUCUAUUACACGGCCCAGGGGGAGCCGUUCCCCAGCAACCUGGACAAGCUGUGCCGCCCCGAUGUGACGGACUUCCCGCCCUUCCACGCCAACGGCAAGGAGAAGGCCCGGCUGGUGGAGCUGUACCGCAUCAUUGCCUACCUUGGUGCCUCCCUGGGUAACAUCACACGGGACCAGAAGGUCCUCAACCCCAAUGCUCUCAGCCUCCACAGCAAGCUGAAUGCCACCUCGGACACCAUGCGGGGCCUCCUCAGCAACGUGCUCUGCCACUUGUGCAGCAAGUACCACGUGGCCAACGUGGACGUGGCCUACGGCCCUGACACCUCAAACAAGGACGUCUUCCAGAAGAAGAAGCUGGGCUGUCAGCUCCUGGGGAAGUAUAAGCAGGUCAUCGCCGUGGUGGCCCAGGCCUUCCAGACAGGAGAUCUUGAAGCGUACAGUGACCCGAGAUCCUAGACCCAGGCAACUCUCAAACUGUGGCCGGGGCCCAGAGCUUCACCAAACCCAACUGGGGACUGCUGGCAGACCCCGAGGGGCUCCUGGCCAGUCCACUCCCCUGUGGGGUGGUCUGUGAUGACUCUGAACAGAGUCAGAAUUCCCAUGGGCAGGGCCUAUAUACAGCGCCACCUAGAAGAAGGCGCCCCUUCCUCUGGGAGACUGCAACCAGGCACUGGGGUGCUGGGCUGUCAAGGGGAGUGUGGGCCAGACAUCUGCCCCUACUUGUCCCCUUAGCCAGGGGCUUUGUGAGCAAACCGCACAAGUUGUCUACAGCGACCCUGACCACAGGGCGAGACGGCAGGGGUCGGGAGAAAUUGUCCCUGGCAGAAUGACCACCAUCAGUGCCUUCUGCCCCUUGGGUAGACUUUGGAAGUUUUGGUUGGGAUCAGGUAGGCCCGAGGGGCUGGGGUCCCAAAGGAUUCCUUAGCCCCUACAGGUAUGGUGAGUGGAAGUUUGAGAAGGGAGCUCUCGUUUGAGACGCUGCCUUCUCUUGAGCGUGUUUGGAGAGCUCAGGCCUAGGGACUGUCAGGUGGAAGGUUCCAGAAGGAGGUCAUUGGCAUUCAGACUCUUCGGGAGGCAAAGAGGCCACCUUCAGGCUUGAGAAGGAAGGCGGUGGAAGGAAGAGAGGUCCCAAAAGGCUUGGCGGGCUCAUCUUCCUCUUCCUGCAGUCUUUCCUGCCGCCUGGGAUGGCCAGGGUCUGGCGGCCAGACCUGAAGAGGGGCUUGUGGUGGUGGGCAGGUUGCAAAGUCAGGUGAGGAGGUUCUGAGGACACCCAGAGUCUUCCUUCUGGGCAAAGUCUGUAAGGGAGGGGACGGACAGGGUAGUUCAGAGUGGCAGCUCACAUCCAAGGCCCAUGGAGGCCCUGUGAGGUCACACAAAGGUACUUGAGGGGGACCAGAGGCCCUAGUCUCUGGUCCCUAGAGCAAGAGGACAGCAGAACUUGAGGUCAGGGUCUCAGGGAAGCCUGAGAUCCGAGAGUGCUGUGUGUCUGACCCAGCAUGAAUGUCUAUUUAUUAUGAUGCCCUAUUUAUAUUAACUUAUUGGUGCUGUAAAUGGCAGAGUUAACUCCCUUUUCCUGCUCCCUACCGGAGAGAAAUAAUAUGACAGCUCCCUCCGCUGGGGCUGGGGCCAGGCCUCGGCAGAGCCCGGUCUGGUCUGGAAGUUGAUGUUACAAGUGGGACAAGCCUUGUGGGUGAAGCUCAGAGAAGGGUCAGGCUCUGAGAGAGCUGGUCAGCUGGAUGGGGGCAGGGGACUCGGCUGCAUCCUGUGCCCCGAAUGGGGCUGUGCUUUGUGGAUACCAGGAUCCUGGCUGCAGGGUGGGCCGGGUGGGUUUGUGUGGUGGCCAGGGGCUUUUUUCCCAGGGCUGCCAUGUGGCUUGGCUCCAGGGGGCUCCUUCCACACUGCGUUCUCUGGCGCCUUCUGGAAUUGUGCUGCAAGGGGCAACGUUCAUCGUCGAAAGGGCGCCCCUGGAGCAGUGGACCAAGCGGUCCUAGUGUCUCCUUGCCUGCCUCUGUCUCCUUGUCUCCAUGCUGCGUCUAGACCAGCAGCGGAGGGCCCUGAAGCAAUCCUGCCCCGGCACCCAGCAUGCUCGCACAUGGGGAGGAAGCUCCUUCUCGGGUGGCCCAAGAACACCCACAGAGGGCGAGAGGGCCUGGCUGGACCUCAGGAAGCUGGGGCAGCGCAGGGAGGAGCCCCCUGCUCUGGAGAGGAGGACCAGGAGGCCCUGGGACACAGACCAGGAAGCUGCGGUCCCUUCUGCCCCCACGCCCCCACCCAUGUCUGGGCUCCCAGGCAGGGAACCCGAUCUUUCCUUUGUGCCGGGGCCAGGCUAGCGGAGAAACGCCCUCCAGUCUGGGAGCCGGGGAGGAGGGCGCGGAGCCGGGGCAGCUGCUCAGAGCAGCGUUCUGGCUUCUUCUCAAAUCCUCAGCAGGCGGCAGUCCCAGCAGUUCAGCCAUCGCGAUCAUGGUACUUUGCUCUCCCUUGGCACCUCUCUCUGUCUUCUCUAAGCACUUUACCUACGCCCACUGAGGGCAGGCGGGCAGGCAGCAGGCAGGCCCCGGCCUGGGGUGGGGUGGGGGCCCGAGCUGGGAGUUGUCCCUCCCAUUGGCAAGACUAUUUUGUGGCGGGUGGCAGAGGAGACCACGAUACUCGUAUGUUUUCCGACGCCGUCUCAGUGUGGGUCACCCUCGCCCUUGUCCGGGGUCUCUUCCUGCUGCCCGCCCGUCACUCUGCUCUUUUGGUGAACAUGGCUCAGAAGGCUCGGGGCCGGCUGAGUCUCCCAUCAUCUCGUCACCCAGUGGACACGGACUCCCCAUGCCGGGCCCACGUGGGUAGCCUCUGAGGCUGGGGGACCAAGAGAAUCUGCUUCCUGGGGCCCAACACAGACCCCGGCUCCACUGUGCUCCCACCACCCACACCCUCCCCUCCCUAGCCCUGGCCAUGCCCCUCAGCACCCAUCCUCAAUGCUCUUUCUAGAACCAGUCCAGCAGAUCGGCACCCACUUUGCACAGCAUCCCUGAAGGAUGGAGCCUCUGUGGAAAAAGCUUUCCAGGGCUGGCAGCUGUCCUUUCUCUCGCGUCUCAGCUGCUGGUGUGGACCCACACCUGCAUCCGGGGUCACGGGGAGACCCUGUCAGCAGAGAAGGGAGAAGGACGGUCAUUUUGCAGUUUAUCAAGAGAGGAGUUUGGGGGACCUUAUUUAUUUUGAAAAUUUUUAAAUGGGAAAGCCCUGCUAGUUUAUUUAUCUCUCCUCCUUGUUGUCUUCCUCCUCGCCUUCUCCUUGUCCCCUCCUGGGGACCCUCCCCGACAGAAGCAGGCCAGCUCUGCCCCGCUGGCUCUCCAGAACAGACAUAGCACGUGGGGGUGGAGGCCAGAGUCAAGUGAGAAGUCAGUUUCCCUUCACAUGGUACAGAUGUCCCUAGUUUCUGAUCACCCCGGCCUCCCAUCCCGACCCUGUACCUGGGCAUCUCUCCCGUCUACACCGUGAGCUCGCUGCCUCCUUCCCUGUUUCCCUCCUUCCUUUCUACUGGAAAAGACUUGGCCUUGGGGGACGAAUUCCUCUUUGAUGAAUGUACCCUGUGGGAAUGUUUCAUA